AUGGAGACAAAACACGGCAUCAGCCACAGGGAGACAAAACACGACAUCGGCACACGGAAAAAAAAACACGGCAUCAGACACAUGGAGACAAAACACGGCAUCAGACAAAAGGAAAUAAAACACGGCAUCAGACAAAAGGAAAUAAAACACGACAUCAGACACAAGAAGACAAAACACGACAUCAGACACAAGGAGACAAAACACGGCAUCAGACACAAGGAGACAAAACACGACAUCAGAUACAAGGAGACAAAACACGGCAUCAGACACAAGGAGACAAAACACGACAUCAGACACAAGAAGACAAAAUACGGCAACAGACACAGGGAGACAAAACACGGCAUCAGACACAGGGAGACAAAACACGACAUCGGCACACGGAAAAAAAACACGGCAUCAGACACAUGGAGACAAAACACGGCAUCAGACACAAGAAGACAAAAUACGGCAACAGACACAGGGAGACAAAACACGGCAUCAGACACAGGGAGACAAAACACGACAUCGGCACACGGAAAAAAAACACGGCAUCAGACACAUGGAGACAAAACACGGCAUCAGACAAAGGGAGACAAAACACGACAUCAGAUAAAAGGAGACAAAACACGACAUCAGACAAAGGGAGACAAAACACGACAUCAGACAAAGGGAGACAAAACACGACAUCAGACACAAGGAGACAUAAUACGGCAUCAGACACAUGGAGAAAAACACGACAUCAGACACUGGGGAACAAAACAUGACAUCAGACAAAAGGAAAUAAAAUACGGCAACAGACACAGGGAGACAAAACACGGCAUCAGACACAGGGAGACAAAACACGACAUCGGCACACGGAAAAAAAACACGGCAUGA